AUGUCAGGAAACCAGGGCUUGCAUUCACAUCCGAGUCGUCCAACUGGCUCAAGACUUUUACAGAGACGGCUGCUUUCUUCUGAUUUACAGAAGGGGUUUUUGGUGACUUCCCGAUCAUCGUCAAGCAAGAGUCAGCAGCCCGAUCCAUCGCCCAACACUGUCUCAGAAGACGUUGGCAGCUUGCAGGAAGUUCAUGCUCGUGUUCCAUCUAGAACUUCGACCUCGCAACUCACCGGUACCGAGAAGGGCGAUGUCAGUGACCUGUUUUUAGAUCAACAUGACUUAGAAUCAGAAGUUUGGACGGGAGAAUUUCCAGUCGAAUCUCCAAGGUCAUACACAGUUGAAGAGCAAAGGCGGGCGCCGUCAGUGGCAGGUGGCAUUUUCAGCCCUCCUUUGAAAAAGAAAUUCUCCCCUGCGUUUUCCCAUGCUUUCAAGGCAUCAAGCUCGUCUUCCAACACUCAGGCGCUUGUCACUGAGCGAUCUGAUUCAGGGAAUUAUCCUACUCGAGCACCUUCGAAGGUCCGCUGGGAACGGCUGCGGCAACAUGUUUUGACGGCACCUCGUCCAGCCUCGCCUCCUCCGUCUGCGCGGAUGUCUCGAAGCCCUUCCCGAUCACAGACGCCCAAGCCGUCUCGUUUUCCGCGGCUUGGCUUCCGACAAGUUGUAGAGUAUGCACGCGAGGUUGCAGUGGACGAGUCCCGCCGAUUUGCAGAAGAGCUGCUCCAAAUUUGUUGGUCCUUUCGUAUCCCGGAUCUGUCACGACAGAGCAAAAAUGAGCGAGAUGGGCCACUGGGCACACUUGGCUCUUCGUUGCACCUCCCCUUCGUGUCGAGCACGACUCUGAACUCUUUCGCAACUGGGAGUACUAUAGCGCAGACUCAGACAACAACUCAGAACAGACUUUCUAUUAAGAGGCCUCCCUCCACAGUGUCAGGAGGGCAGAAUUCCUCGCUUGUCAUGACGCUGCACGAGACCAUCCUUCGUUAUGCGUCGAAGAACUCGAAUUAUCUUCCUCACGAAACUCUCGUUCUUUCCGCUUUGUUGACGCCUUUUUUAUCGAGCGAGAACAAUCAGAAUGUGGACGACGAGCGGUGGACUGCAAUCGAAGCUUUCGAGGCUGCUGUUCAAACUUGGCAAGCGACGUCGGAUGAUCUUACUAUCGAGAGAUGUAUUUGGUGUUGCAACGCUGCGUCCACACCAUCCUUCCUUCGGACCCGCAUUCUCAGCGUUCUUACAUCACUCCUGUUUCCCCGCACUGGCCCCAUUGAGCUCCCGAGUGCUCAUGCGUUCCUUUCUCUAGUCCAGGCACUAGCUAUAACGUUGCUCCAGAUACAGGAAGAUCAAGAAGCGGCUAUUCUAAGAGACAUUAUCUCGAAACUUCGCGGCGGGACGUGUGGGAGCAUGGCGGGCUUUCUCGCUGCAGCAGAGAUCGAUGGCUCCCCAGUGAUGUUGGUCGGUGUGAGCCAGUUGGAAGUCAGGGAAGCCUUGGUUGCUGAAGCCUUGGUCCGGUGUCUUGACCAUGGACCUCUAACCAUGAAGCGCAAGGUCUUACAUGAACUUCUCCAGGAAUUUUGGACACCUUUACCCGUCUCAGGAUCCUUUUCCCCUAUGAUUUCAGCUAUCCGUUCUCGAGUUGUCAUAACAUUCGCUCAUGCUGCAACUCUCCUUUGUGUGUCUGUAAAGUCGGAGCAUCUGGACAUGCAGAGCGUCUUGCAUGUCCUGAAAUCCCGUGUCGUUCCUGAGAUGACGUUUUUGACAGGGAAACGGGCAUCGGAUGCCCGUGCUAGCGUGUCUAGGCUCCUGGUCGAGCUACUCUGCCUUGAGAGGGUCACUCACGAGAUGUUUGGCGUCAUUUUCGGUCUCACCGUGCAGUUACUGGAAACGUCUGAGUGGAAGACGUCGUUGGAAAAGAUGAUGCAACACUUUGGUGAAUGGCCCACAAUAAUUAGAAUUUUGACUGCACUCUUUCACUUACCAGAUGAGCUUCGCGGUCAGCUGUUCACGUUGUCCAUACCGUGUUUGCAAGAGAGAAUAGUUGCAAAUCCACCACCUUUGCACUAUUCGGAACUCACAGGUGUCCUAGACAAGGCAUCACGCACAUAUCCUCACGUGUUCUUCAAACCACUUUUCACCUGUGCAGCAUCUUCCAAGGCGUUCACGAUCGGCCAUCAACUUGGAGUUAUUGCUGCUAUCUCGUACCACGAAUUAGCCAAGACUUUUCGUGCCGAACUCAAUCUACAGCACCCUGAUGACUCGGCCAUUGCUCCAACCCAGUUUUUCAGUAUGCUGGAAGCCCGCUUAGGUGUGUUAUUAGAAGCGAAAGAACGAGCUACUCUACUGCCACUCUCCAUGCGCUUGCUCUAUUUGAUCUUGUUCACGGAAAUCAGGCUACUCACACGAUCUGUAAAGCGUCCGACUUGGCUGCAAUUAGCAAUCGAUUGGCUGCUACAGUCGCAUAUCGGAGCUGUGGUAGACGAAGAUGGACCUUUGACUGUAGAUGAUGACGUCUUCAGUGACAUCUCACAGGCGCUGGGCAAAGUCAAAGAUAUUUACGCCUCAACACAAGACAGCCUCCGAGUAUCUUAUCAGCGCCGAGGCACAUUGAUCCUGUUUUCCGGCGCCAACGAUGUCUCUGGGGACGACACUGAACGUAUGACUGUCCUCAUGGACGUGUUACAUGAGAGAAUACUCUUGUUGUCGUCCCUUCCACGGUCCCUCACCCGCCAAGCCCUCAAUCUAUUGGUGGUGGUGUCUGCCUGCUUUACAUCCGAAGAUUACUUGCUGAUGGGGCCUUCCUUGUGGGCACGAUGUUUUGACUGGGCGGAACCACAGGCAGUGCUUUCGGCUUCUUUUCUAGCCAUGCAGUGUGCAGAGAAGGCCCCACACAGCAUACUUGAACUCAUCAGGAAUGACUUGCGGAAUGAAGACAGUGCUGUGAAGAUCACUGCAAUCCGACGUUUAGAUAUUCUGGUGAAUAUGCGCUUCCAGAUUCUGUCUCAGCCUUUUUUGUCGGAUACGAAUCGUCGUCGACCAUUCAAGUUAGCCCGCAACCCAUUGCCAUUUGUUCCAACCGACAUCGGUUCAAGCCUAUUUGUUCCAGAACAGGAGGAUGAUAGUAAUGAAGAUAUGCCCCAAGAACUGCGUAAACGCUUAGCCGAAGUAGGAUGGUUGGAUGAAAAACGACCAAUGGACCAGAAACGUGAAUGGGUGAGGACACCAUUGUCACUAUUGCCCAGUAAUCUUCAAGAUCGAAACGUUGGCGCCACAGAGCGCCUUCACUCUUCACCUAUAUCAUCCCCGACAUCCACGCCAACCAAACCUCGUUCUAAUAGUGAUGUCUCUGAUGGCCACCUCAGCAGACGGUCGUCAGAUCCUACAAGCCGUGGCGUCAAGCGUCGUGCAGUCUUUGUUCCUGCACUCGGGACUCUAUUCCCUCAACUGGUCUCUCUGACUCUCGAUUCUUGCAUUGACGUUUCAUGCGCGGCUCGUGACAGUGUCAUGGAUUUACUACGACAUGACCCUGCUCUUCUCAUUCGACCCAUCCUCGAUUUGCUUGGCAGCAAUAAUGAAGAAGCGGCCACGACAGCUGUCCGAGGGUUGUUGCAUCUAAAUCAGCACCUCCCUCCUGCCAUGGCUCAUUAUACAUUCAACCAUCUUGCUGGGUACCUUAAAUUCGUUGCUCGCGAAAUUACUUCGACAGAUGCACUUCGCGACUUUGCUCUCUCUGCUGCUCUGUUGUCGAAUCUAGUCACGCAAGUCAGCGAGAUGUCCAUCAGGGAGAUUCGACGAGCGAAGAUGGAUCUGUUCCUUAUUCCAUCCGGGUCCUUGUGGUUUACCGCGUCGUCUCCAACUGGCCCCAUGUUUCCGAAAGUUCUGUCUCUCAGUGAAAAUCCAGUCGAGAUCCCCCCAUCCUUGAUAUCAAUCACAAUGAUCCGCGUGACUCAGAAUCGAUUGUUUCUAUCCAUGUUGAAGCGAAAUCCUCAGGACGUUCAAAUUAUUCGGAAGACUAUGGAGCACAUCGUUCUGCCUUCGACAGAUGUCUUGUCAGCAGCACGCUUUUUGGAUUUGCCAGAUUUUGUACCGCGGCAGUUGUCUGCACAACGGGAUGGAUCAGAGUCAAUCUUGACCACGCUUUCCUUGAUGCUUUCGCGAAGUCAUCUUCUGCUCAUAGCCCAGAUUUUCAGAUCCAUGUCUAGGCAUCUUAGCGAUCGUAGCGAGUUGACUAUCUUCAUAGAUGGUCUGAAUCGGAUCUUGCUGAGACACGGAGAUGAUAUUGGGAUUGUAAGCCAGUCGCUGAUCGCGUUAAUGGUGGCGAGUACCCGCUUCAGGCGUCUCUUUACGUCUGGUGGAGGCUAUUCCCUCUUUAUGCUAUCCAUCAUGAAAGUGUAUACAGAACAAGAACACCAUCAGGGAAUCCGGCAGGCUAUCGAGUAUGCCAUCAGUCGCUUCUACGCUGUUCACCCGCACGCAUUCGUCUUCCAAACACUAGACGUGGUGGUACACGUCCUCUUGGAACCAACUUGCAAUAGCUCUUGGCUGGUGAAGAGCGUCUUUCGGAUGCUGUCUUCGCUGGAUCGUAACAAUCCGGUGGCAGGUCCAGAUGCUUCUGGUAUUCGAAAUAUGAACAGACUGCAGGAGAAGGAAGCAUUGAUGGUCACUACUGCUGAUGAGAAACCUGAAACAUUCAUGGCUGCUAUCCGAAGGGUUGGCAGCCAGGAUUCGCAACAGCUGAUCAUCAGCCUUCCCGAGGAGUACGAGACGAGAUCACUUGAUAUGGACAAUCUCGUACGGUUGUUGUUAACUGUCAUUGGUCAUGACCCUUCCAUUGCCAGAGCCCAAAAUUUCCUAUCGCUCUUGAGGUUGUUGACACCUGCACUGUACAAUGCUUCCAGAUUGGCCAGGAGUGUGCUUCGCGACGGUAUUGAUGCAGUUGGGACGAUCAUCCUACGUGCAGCUGCGAAGCCAAAGUUUCCUGAAUCAUUGACGACGCAGUUGGUAGGUGGUAUCACUACGGAUGUAUCGCAGGAUGAGGCUGUUCUGGUGGACAAGCUCCACAAGAAAGCGAAGGCUCCAAGUGAUCUCACCACUAUGCGGACAGAAUAUCUCGGAUUGGCGCUCGCUUUCGUUAAAGCUGGCGGCCAGCUGCCCAAUACUGCAAUGGAGAAGAUUUUCGAUAUCGCGAGAAUUCUUCUGCGAGAAGCGUCGCACACGGAAGAUAAGGUCGUUGAUUUCCUAUGCCAGUAUUCAAAGGCCAGUCUUGUCGAACGUACACCUAGUUCCAAGGAAGCAAUUGCACUUCUCGAGCACCUUGCUCCCAUCAUGAACGCCUAUGCGUCGACAAUCAAUUUUGCUGGUAUUUACGAGGCCAUCAAUCAUCUCACCUCCGGCAACCAACUCACCAACGACAUCAUAUUCUCCGAUUUAGUAGUAACACAAUCUGCAGGAGUGGCCAUCUCCUUUCGAAAGACUGACGUGAUUGCUGAGAUCGAGAAACAGCUCCCAUCACAUAAAUUCUUGUCCGGUGUCGUUUUCAAGCUCGUCCUUUCGCUUGAAACGUCUGCCUCGGCGUCGCCGAUGGGAGACCACGACACAUGGCUGCGUGCCGCGCGUUCCAGUGCAUGGCUGCGGCUUCUUUCCUACGCGAUGGCGGUUUGUGAGAACCCAGGCCGGUCCCGACAGUCAACCUCCUUGCUGGGGCGAAGAAAAUCCGACGAUAAGCGUCGUUCUGGAUCAUCAAAUAAAGAACAGGUCUUGACCCUGGUGGCUGCAAUACAAGUCAUCAAGAUGAUUAUCGUGAGGGCUGGAGAUGACCUCUCUGCAUCCCUGCCUUCAAUAUGGACCCGUCUCGCUGCUGUCUUUAGAUCUCUGAUUUCUGAUGGAGAUGCGCGGUUUGCCAUUGAAUCCUCUGAACAAUCUGCGCCACCUUCCCCUAUCCAUUCACCUCACUCGAGUUUUAGCAUGACUUCACUUGAUCCUUUCAGUGCUCAGGAGUCCUUCCUCACAUCGUCGGUAUCGUUUAACGCCCGCCGCCCCUCUCCGCCCCUGGGUAAACCACGGGUCAUUGACUAUGUGCUUUGGUCUCUCUUGGAGCUCCUUUCUCGCUACCGCACACCUCUCAUACUCCAAUUGAAGUUGCUCGCACAAGAAAAAGCCGCUAUUCUUAACGAGCAGCUGCGCUGCUUCCAGAUUGGUUCACAUCACUCUUCUUGGCAUAGGCCUCCAUCUGUCUUCUCUAAGCCGAGGAAGAGAUUAUCAAGCAUGCAAUCCGCUGUGUCGCCCUUUAUCAGCAGUUCGCCAUCAGCUUCUUUUAACACAGGCCAUAUGUCGCUACGCCCUCCCAUGUUAGAAUCCACACCACGCAAGGCAGGGUUUGAGCGCAGCCCAAGUGCAUCACCAGUCAGUGCACAGCCGCGCAUCGUCCACCUCGGUCCUACAACACCAGACUUGCGUUGCUCGGCAUCGUCCAGUGAGGAUGUGCGUAUGCUGACGAUGUCAACGGUAGUGAAAACUACGUCUCUCGUGCAUGCCACAUACCGCCGAAUAAGGCUUGUGCAAGCAUGUAUGGGAUAUGAUUUGCUGUUACCACUGCCCGUAGCGUUCGAAAGGCACAUGCCAGCAUCUGAGAGUGCUGUCACGAUGGAUGAUACGAUUGGACUUGGAGGGCAUUUAGAAGGAGAAAGGAAGUGGACGAUCAAGCAAGCGGUUGAUGCCCUUGUGAAUGAGAUGCAUGGUCUGGAACUCGAGUUUUGUGAACGGGAAGCAUGGAGAGAGGUAUUGGACGAGAGCUUGGUGGUAUUGAAGCCUGAUGUGAACGAUAGUAGCGUAUGUUGA